AUGCCGAAACCGAUAUGGAACGUUCCGGGCCGCGACCGUAACCGCGACCACGACUUUGAACCAUGGUUUGCAGCCCAUCUUUGUCACAGCUGCUGGUUUUUCAGAGAUGACAAUGAAGUUUUUGUUGGAAUCAGCUCCAAGAUUGAUGAAGUAAAACGUCAGAUCAAGCCUAUUGUUGAACAAGUCCGUUUGGCUUAUAUCAGCAUCUUGGAAUCUGGGUCUUCAUCACUUGCGAUGUCCACCGAGGCGGAUAUGACUAUAGUGGGGGGUUUUGUAGGUUCUCUCUUAGGUAAUCUUUGGGAGUUUCUCGUGAAGUGUCCUGCCUGGUUUAAUUCAUCUCUAAAGCAUCAAAUUCGGAUACUCUACGAGGGACUGCAGUUCUUGAGAGGCAUUUUGAUGAAGCAGCAAGAGGAUUUUGAUGGGCUUCCAGGAGGAAUCAAAGAUCGCUUUGGGGCUGUGGUCAAUGAUGCUGCGAUUGUAAUUUUCUCACUAUAUCAGGACAAUAUCCGAGAAGCUUCAGCCGUGGAAAUUGAUCUUAAGCUCUUUUGUUUACUGGAGAAGAUCAAGCUUGUUAAGGCAGAAAUUGAGAAAAAGUAUCCUGUAGCAUCAAGGUCCAAAUUUCCAACAACCAAUGCACUAGAGUUGAUCGAUCUUGUUCUAGAAAAGUUGAAGGAACUGGAAAGCUGUGAAGUCGAUCCAUUAUUUUCUUUUGCAAAUGAUCGAGUUGACUUCUUAAAUUCAUACUUGGACAAGAUCCAAUACAUUAAAGUUGACCGACCUUUGGAAACAUUUACAUAUUAUGACAUGCCAUCCUGGAUCAUUGAUCUGGAGCGGCAGAUCCGGCUUGAAAAGCUCCAACAUCAAAAGAUGCAAGCUGAUGUCCCACUCUUAACGUCAUUCUUGGAGAAUAAUUUGGAGCAGCACAUCAAGAAUGAAAAGCACCAACUUCAGACGAUGAAAGAUGAUCUUGUACCUUUAAGAUCAUUAUUGGAAGAAAAUGGGGAGCAACACAAUCAUCAGGAAGAUCCCCAUGCCCUUUGGAGUCGUGUUAUAGAGGUUGCAUACAAGGCAGAGUUUGUUAUCGAAUCCUUGUUAGUUGGAGAUAUCUCAUUCUAUUCUCUGAUGUUAUUUGAUGAUAUUGCACGAGAAAUUAAGCUCGUCAAAAGUGGAAGCUACCAAGAUUCCGAGGCAUUAAGAAGCCAGACGAGUGGAGGGUCCGACCAGGUGUCAUCAUCGGUUAGUGUCUCAACAGUAGAUAAAGCUGAGGUGGCCUUGCAGGAUGAGGAGGACGCAAUAAUUGACAAACUUAUAAAAGGUCCAAAGCAGCUGGACAUCAUCUCCAUUGUGGGUAUGGCUGGACUAGGCAAGACGUUUUUGGCACGAAGAGUUUACCGUGAUCCUAAAGUUACAUCUUACUUCCACAUUCGGGCAUGGUGUUGUAUCUCCCAAACAUAUUGCAAGAAAGAUUUGUUGCUUCAGAUUUUGGCUUGCAUUAACCAGAAAACUCAAUUUUCUGAGAUGAACCAAGCUGAUUUGGCUGACAAACUCCGUAAAUGUUUGAGUCAAAACAAAUAUCUCAUAGUUCUGGAUGAUGUUUGGGACACUGAGGCAUUGAAUGCUUUGAGAUUAUCGUUCCCUGAUCACACAAUUGGGAGCAGAAUUCUCUUAACAAGUCGAGAUCAUGGGAUUUGUGGUACACCUCACCGACUUCGGCCACUUGAAGAACCAGAAAGCUGGGAUUUACUACAGAAGAAGCUGGCAAUUAUUAGAAAAAAGGGCUACGCUCCAGAACUGGAAGUUCCUGGGAGGCAAAUAGCAGAAAAUUGUAAAGGGCUGCCUCUAUCAAUUGUCAUCAUAUCUGGAAUUCUUGCUGGUCUUGAUCGAGUUGGUUGGGAAGAAGUUGCAGAAAGGCUGAAUUCAAACAAGAAGAUUGGUGCCACAGACCAGUGCAAGAGUAUAUUAGAGCUCAGUUAUGUACAUCUACCUGAACAUUUGAAGCCAUGCCUUAUUUACUUUGGAGCAUUCAGCGAAGAUCAAGAAAUUUCAAUCCAGAGGUUGAUGUGGUUGUGGAUCGCCGAAGGAUUUGUGCAGAAAAAUGAGUCAGAGAGCCCAGAAAAAAUAGCAGAAGGCUAUAUAAUGGCUCUAGUUAACAGAAGCUUGGUUAUGGCGGGGAGACAAAGAUCCACAAGUGGGGUCAAGACGUGCUUCAUCCAUGAUUUGUUGCACGUAUUUUGUUUGGAAAAAGCCAAAGAUCAAAAUUUUCUGCAGUUGAUACGAGGUUACUGA